UUCUAAUUGCUUUUUGAUGACUAAUUUAUUUGGAAUUGAGGAUUUCCAUUUUCCUCAUGUAUUUUAUUAAAACUGGCACAACCGGCAUGAAUACUGGUUGUACCACGGUCAAACCAUUCCACUUACAAAACCGGCACACCGUCAUAAACCGGUUUGACAACCUUGAGUAUAUGACAUAGAGCGCAGCUCCGCUAACUAUGGGGUUCAAUUUAGCAACCACAUAAAUUUUCAAUGACUAAAAUGGAAAUUAGCCCAUAAGCCGUCGAUACGAUGCGUUUCAUCUUUGUAUUCGCUAUCGCUCCAGACUUCCAUUCCACCUUCGGCCUUAACCUUUGAUCAACGGCAAGCACAAGGCGUCGCCGGCUUUGCAGUCCUUCUUCGCAAUCAAAUUCCAGCCACCGCUGUUACUCCGUCGGAUUCCCAGAACCCGGGGGCGGAAGUCUACGCCGACACUCUCCUUUCCCCCUUUACCGUCACGGGAUUACUUCAAGUUCGACUGUCCAUUUGUCGUACGCAGGGACUAAGCAGGUAACUCGACUGAAUCUCUAUCUUCGUUUGCUGAGAUUUUCUUUCUUCUGCUGAAUCAGAACCCAAUUAGUGGACGUGAAUGCAGAUUGGCUGCCUCUCCGUUUUGAUUUUCAGCGAUCCGGAUGCCUUCUGGGCCGAUGGAUGUCUGAAAAUUUAGCUUAGGUUCAUGAAGUGCUCCAACAUUUUUGAGAGCUAGGGUUUGGGGUUUUAGGAUUUGCUUUUCCUGCUGUGGCUUCUUCUGCUUAAAUUGAAAUAGAUUUACGUUACAGUUUUGAGUUAGAAGAACUUAUUUGUGUGUCGGCUGAAAACUGAGAGGGGAUUGAUUAGCUCAUUAGCUCAGAAGAAGUGAACAAACCUGCUUGUUUUGCUAGUUGGGUUUUCUAGCUCAGGUUUCUGUGGCGUGGUAUUUUGAUGAUAGAACCCGUCUUCAGUGACAGCUCUACUUAGCUUCUGUUUCGUAUCGACCUCGUUGAAUUAUGUUGAGAGUGCUCAGUUUUAUGUCAGCAUUUGUCGUUGAUGUUUGGGUAGGCUUUGUAUGCAUUUUUUAAAAUGGUGACAUUUCCCUCAAGAUGUCCAUUUUCAUGAUGCAAUUUUAGCUUUUGAUAUAACUCCUAGGGCUAACUUCUUCUAUUUGAUCAAAUAAAGAACUAAGAAAGAUAUUUCUACCACAUGUUUCUGAAGUCUAAGUUGAUAGUUCAAGCGCUUCAAGAUAGCUUCACUGUUGGUCGACUCUGUGUGUAAUUGCUUUCAAAGUUCUGUAAGCGAGCUUUCCUAUUCCUUUUUCACCAGCUGGUUCGUUCUCUUGAUGCAACUUCAUUUGAAAAUGGCAGGCACAAAGAUGCAAGUCAUUCCUAGUGAAAACCCUCUCUCGGUUUCUGGUCCCAGGCCCAUGGAAUGGUCGACUGUUCCAUACGCUGGUCCUGGAGGACCUGCUUCCAACGGUAAAAACCGAACUUCAAGCUUGGAGUCACCCAUAAUGCUGCUUACUGGUCAUCAAAGUGCCAUCUACACUCUUAAAUUCAACCCCACCGGAGACCUCAUUGCAUCUGGUUCACACGACAAGGAGAUAUUCCUGUGGAAUGUCCACGGUGACUGCAAAAACUUCAUGGUCCUAAAGGGCCACAAAAAUGCAGUCCUCGAUCUCCACUGGACCACCGACGGAUCAAUGAUUAUAUCAGCCAGCCCCGACAAAACUGUCAGGGCAUGGGACAUCGAGACAGGGAAACAGAUCAAGAAAAUGGCCGAGCACUCGUCAUUCGUAAACUCGUGCUGUCCUUCCAGGCGUGGCCCGCCACUCCUCGUCAGUGGUUCUGAUGACGGGACAGCCAAGCUCUGGGACCUACGCCAGCGCGGUGCCAUCGGGACGUUCCCAGACAAGUACCAGAUCACGGCAGUGGGGUUCUCCGAUGCUUCGGACAAGAUAUUCACAGCUGGAAUCGACAACGAGGUGAAGGUGUGGGACAUCAGGAAGGGUGAAGUGACGAUGAAGCUCGAGGGGCACCAGGAUAUGAUCACGGGGAUGCAGCUGAGCCCCGACGGAUCUUAUCUCUUGACCAAUGGCAUGGAUAAUAAGCUGUGUAUUUGGGACAUGAGGCCUUAUGCGCCGCAGAAUCGGUGUGUGAAGAUUUUGGAAGGGCACCAGCACAACUUUGAGAAGAGUCUGCUGAAAUGUGGGUGGUCUCCUGAUGGAAGCAAGGUUACUGCUGGUAGUUCUGAUCGGAUGGUCUACAUAUGGGAUACUACCACUCGAAGGAUACUGUACAAGCUUCCUGGCCAUACUGGCUCGGUCAACGAGUGUGUCUUUCAUCCGACUGAACCGAUACUUGGGUCGUGCAGCAGCGACAAGCAGAUUUACCUUGGGGAGAUAUGAUUUAAGGGUAUCCACGAACUGUGCCAACCGCGAACCGUUGGAAGCAUCGUUUUUGGCCUUUGGGUGUAUGGGGUUAGUGACUUGUGCUGUAUCGUUUAGGUUUCUUGCAACCCGAGCUUGAAGUUUGAACCUUAGAUUUAAAGGCCUGUCUUUCCUUAGGGCAAUGUUCGUUCUAUUAUUUACUGAUGAUGUUUUCUGAUACUGCUGUGGGGUUUUUUUCAUCUUGUUCAUCCGCAUUGAACUGGAAAGUCCGGGACUGUUAAUAACUCGCAUAAAACUCCAGUGACUAU